AUGUCCUGCUGCUGUGCUCCAACCUGUGCCAUCCCCUCCUGCCCCCAGCCUUGCUGCUCCCAACCGUGCUGCUCCCAACCGUGCUGCUCCCAACCGUGCUGCUCCUCGUGUAGCUACCCCGUCGGUGGCCUGGGCUCCCUGAGCUGCUGCAACAACGCAUGCUGCAACAACACAUGCUGCAACAAUUCAUGCUGCAAUUCAUGCUGCGGCACCUCGACUUCAGCACGUUGCCUGGGCUACACCAGCGGGGGCAACAUCGGCUGCAUCAACCAAAUCCCACCCUCGGAAGUUUGCAUUCAGCCCCCGAAGUGUUGUGUUAUAAUCCCCGGUGCAGUCCUCGCUGCCACCUGCGAGCCCGUGCGUGUCGGAGGCUACACGGCCUGCGGCGGCUGCGCCCCUUGCGGUCGCAUCUGCUAA